AUGAACACGGCACCGACAUCUCGACUGGGCCAAUUGCCCAGCUACGUACGGAUAUGGGUGAGACAUGCCCAUUUCGGUAAGAAGAAGACGGGCAGGAAUUUCCCCGCGCCUGAGGGCCACGGCGAAGAUAUCUGGGUGUAUGGUCACAGGAGAACGGACCAGAUUAUUUACAGCUUUGACAAGACACUCAAUGGCUUCCACGAUCUCAAGCAGCUUCCUUUCAACGGCAAAAAGACAAAGCCCGCCAAGCUUCGCAAAGACUACUGGUCCCCAUUCGCACACAUCUCCUUCCCCGCCGGCAAGGGCUCCAUCGGAAGAUCUGUUUUCCAGAAACUGCGCGAAUUGAAGCACCUGCACGAGGUGGCAUGGGACAACGAGUUCCGACACAAGCGUCCCGAAGAGUACACCGCCGCCGACCGCAAGCGAAUCGCCGAGGAGGAGGAGAAGGGCAACAAGAACUACCGGCCCAUCCGCACAAAAGAGGAGCGUGGUGUUGCUCUCAAUGCGCAGAAGCCAAACUCUAUUGCCGAUAUAGCUUCUGUGCUGAGCGGUGCUGGGCGUGGCAACAAAAUUGUUGUGUCUGAGGAAGCUGAGGGUGCUGAAAGGAAACUCUUGGAGGUCAAGGUUAGCUGGGCAAAUGAUCAGGAUAAGCAGUACGCCCAGGAGUGGUCUGGAAACGUCGCACAUGGACUAUUCGAAAAGCCAACAUACGUCUCAAAGCUCGAGAAAAAGGUAGCCGAGCCAGAACCAGUGGUUGAGACAUCGUCUUAA